AUGUUGCUCGAUGAUACCCAUACAAUUCUUGUACAUUCGACGAAGAAGAGGCUCUACUGGUUGCGUAAAGCCGCUGAUCGUGGAGACGCCGUUGCCAUGAACGAGAUCGGAUACUGCUACCGCUUCGGGUACGGCGUGAACCGAGACUACACGAAGGCGAAGGAGUGGUGGGAAAGAGCGUCUGGGUGUGGGCACGCCGACGCGACCUGUAGGCUCGCGUCGUGCUACAGGUACGGCGAUGGCGUGGAGAAAAAUGAAGCAAAGGCAGUUGAAAUUUACGUCAAGGCGACGGAGCUGGGAUCAGGAGGAGCUGCACACGCUCUCGGGCGCAUCUACGAACUCCGCUCGUGCGGCGUGGCGGAGAACAAAACGGAGGCGCUGAAGUGGUACCGCCUCGCGGCGGAGCGCGGCGUUUCCGACGCGCGAGUGUCAGUGGACAGACUCGAGCUCGAGCUCGCGGCGGCCUAG